UUCUGUUUUAAAUCAUGUGGUUUUGUUACUAGAUCGUAUUGUCUCAAUAAUAAAUAAUAAAUACUUAUAAAUAAAACUAGAUUUUAUUCAAUUCAACUUGUAUGACAUACAAUGUAUGAGCAAUGAAAUACAUGAAAAAAUGAAAGAAUUUAUUCCAUGCUAAGGAUUGUAUACUCGUAUGGUUUUGGCAUAGAUCAAAUGACAUAUUUGACAGAAUUUUGUGUUAGUGAAAGUAUUUUUAAGCUUAUUCAAAGUCCUACUUGGCGUGAAAGUAUUUUUGACCUAUUAAAUAUACGAUACUUGAUGGUUGGAUCAGACGCAAAUGCAACGCUCGUAGCGGAUUCUGGUGGAACGCUGUGACGGCAAUCAGCAGUGUGACAGUAAAGGAAAAGCUAUAUAAAUGUGAAAUUGUGAACUGCACAUGAACGCGAUUCAGGAAUUUAUGAUAUUAGGUGUAACGGGUAAUGGCUACUGCAAUAUUGUUAAACAAAACUGUCUCGUGUGACAUCAGUAGAAAUGUAGUUCGCGUUAUUUAAAGAAUAUCUUGUGGUUUUAUUGUAUAUACAGAAUUUUUUUUAUUAACUAAGGUUAAUAACAAACUCAUUUGUUCCAUGACUUCCCUACCGAACAAUACGUUAACAGAAAAUGACAGUAUUAGAUACAGAAGAAGACGCGGAUAAACGUUCUGUUCCUCCUAGAAAGAAAUUUUGCUUAUCCCUUUCUGGCCGUGAACGUACAAUUUCUAACAACGUCUCUCAGGCUCCACAAACAUCGGUUAAGGACAGCCUUCUGAACAGAGAAAUUUUUACAUAUAGUACAAGCAAAAUGUUGAAUGGCUAUCGUAAUCAGCUAAACAAUCAUCAGGAUGGAAGCUACGAUGUAUCAAAUAGUGGUACAGAAGGAUUAAGAAUAGCUACUUUGUGUAAUUUAGGAAACACAUGUUUCUUAAACAGUGUGAUAUAUACUUUACGAUUUGCACCAUCCUUCCUACAUAAUUUGCACCAUUUAGCCACUGAUUUGUCUAAUAUAAACGAUAAACAACUUCAAACUAAAAUGAAAUCAUCAUCUUUGGGUAGGACCGGCAUGUCCCUUACAUCGAGCGGCAGUCGUAGUUGGAGUAGUAAAGAUUUGUUAGCUCUGGCUGGGUCUUCUGGAGAUACUGGCAAACAUAGAAUACAAAUAGCUACUGAAAAGCUACAUGAAUUGUUUAUAGCAUUACGCGCAUCCGAAGCAAGAGAAAACAGUGAACCUUAUCAGCCAGAUGCAUUUUUACAAGCUCUUAGAGAUGUGAAUCCUAUCUUUGAAGGAAAUCAACAGCAAGAUGCUCAUGAACUCUUGGUAUGUUUGCUUGAUAACAUCAGGGAAACAUUUCAAUUGUUGGUCAGGCAUAGAGAAAGUCAGUUUGGGCAAAAUAACGGAGACUUCUCUACAGAACAUUUAUCAGACUUACAGUCAGAAAAUAGUAAUUCCAGUAAGAGAAGUAUUUGCAAACCUAGAAAGAAAAAGAAGAUAACAACAAUAGGAAGUUCAUCGUGUCUUGUACAGUCGAAUUUAAAUGGUGUAUCCGCAUCAUCUAGACCAUUUGAAAACGGUCACGCCGAAUUUUUGGAAAGUAACGGAGACAUUAGUAGUCGUAGACCAGAAAGCAAAAAAUGCUUUAUUUCUGAAGAUUUUGAAGGAGUUAGUCUUUUGCAAACCACAUGCCUUGAAUGUGAACACGUUACAGAAAGAAAAGAAACAUUUUGCGAUAUAUGUGUGCCUAUCGAUAUCGACCGAUCGAACGAAACAGACGAAGAAUUAAGAUCAAUGGAUAGUAGCGAAGUGUAUAAACGUGCGGUAGUUACUAGUGAACUUCUUUGGGGUAGAGAUAAAUAUUGGUGCGCUAGUUGUCUUCAAUAUAACGAAGCGCGAAGAGCUGUAUGUUUUCCAUCCUUACCAAGACUUCUUAUACUGCAGUUGAAAAGAUUUUCCACUGCUGCAGGAUCAAUGGAAAAAAUUAAUAACCAUAUGCCGACACCAUUAACUUUGCAAUGUUUUUGUGAAGAAUGUAUCAAUGAUCAAAAUCAUGGAAUCACUGGAGGUAGAUCAGAAUCUCGACACGUGUACAAACUGUAUUCUGUAAUUAUGCACCAGGGUGCAACAAUGACAGCUGGUCAUUACGUUGCUUACACCCGUUUACCGGAUGAAUCAGCAUUCGCAGAGUAUUUCCAGUGCGAUCGAGAUAGUAAGCGACAAACUUCUGCUCAGAGUAGUAGCAGUACAAGUACAAACUCAUCUUCAUCGGACAAAACGUCCGGUAUAUUAAAAUACUUCAGAAGUAAACCGAGUGCUAGUGAAACUAAGGAACAAUUAAUCAGGGUUGGUUGUCGUAGUAUGGAUUGCUGUGGCAUUCGACGUCACAAACAUUCUAGUAUUUGGUUGGAAUGUGAUGAUGAAGCAGUGCAUGUAAUUCCAUUACGAGAAUUGGAAGAUAAAUUAGCACCGAACCCGCGAAAUUCUGCUACACCUUACCUCCUGUUCUAUGUGAGGUCUAUGACGUCUGUCAAUACGUUGAUGCAAAGUCUUCACUUCAUCGGUCUUUUGGGUUGUAAGUUAUAAAAUGUGAUUCUUUUUUUGAAUUUUAUGAUAGAUUCAUUAACCCUUUGGAUGGCAACGGUUUCUAUGCGAAGAAUGCCACGGACCGAUAGAAAGGCUCCGUGUAUCGGCCGUGGCACUCGGCACACACCACGCAGAUCGGCCUGGCAUCCAAAGGGUUAACUGAAGUCUCUGUAUUUGGAAUAAAAUAGUCUUUGAACUCAACUUCAAUGUAAUCUAAGCAGUUGCUAAUUUUCCUAAUUCUAUUUCUAAUGCUUUUAUCGUUUGAAGAAUUUGUUUCUAGCUCUCAACAUUCAAUAAAUUUUGAAAAACUUAUCCCUCCAAAAUACGUUCGAAGAAAAUGGUACUUUCGUGUUAUGUUGAUACGACUACUAAGAUGAGCAGUAUUAAGUUUCACUUCAUCUUCUGUGCUGGGAAUACUCCGCGGUUUGAACGCAACGAUAAAACACUCUUGUUACGAAUAUUUCGGGAUUUGAUCGCAAAGAGUUACAUGUUAAAACUAAAAGUGCAUUGGGCCUCUUUUUUCUGCUAAUGGCUGUUCUGUGAUGUCACAAACAUUCCAAAUCUGUUUACUCUGUAUGUAUUCUAUUGAGCUUAGGUAAGCGUGUAUAAAUUUCCUAGAAAAUAAAUUAUGUAUUGGAAACUUGUUGAAGAUUAGAAUUUGGUAGUUAAGUUCUGAUAUGCGAUAAGUUCUUCAGUCUAAAUGACGAUGCUAUUCAAGUCUUGCUAUCAGUACCACAAGAUGUCAAUUUGUAUUUAGAUAAUUAAUGUUUGUUGGACGUGGAGCAGUUUAUUUUUAACUUAUCUCUAAAAAAAAAAAAAAAUAUACAUGUCGAAUUGAGUAACCUCCUCCUUUUCGAAGUCGGUUAAACAUAAAAGUGUGUAUUCUUCAUUUUAUUUCCUUGUUUUUUUUAGCUUGUAGGUAUGUUCAAACUUCAUUGAUAGUAUAACAAUGAUAUUUAUAUUAAUAACGUAAAUUUAUGUCACAGUUGUCAUCUUUUUACAUUUACAUUAUUUAUAAUGUUUCUUUUCAUUUAAAUCAUGUAUUAAUUAUAUUUUACUUUUAUAUUCAGAACCUGCAUUAAUUCAUGAUAACGAUUAAACAAUCAAAUUUUAUUACCGAAUCUCUCUUCAUAAUUACAUCUUCAACAUUUCGAUAGUAUUAAAUCGUAAAUAUAUUUCUAUACUAUCGUUUUUACAUGUCUACAUUCUAAGUAUUUGAAGAAAAGAUUAAAAGUCACAACAUCGUGUAUUUUAAGGUUUAUCGAGAGUAAUGGUAUUCGAAAUGAUAGUAAUUGAAAAAAGGAGUGUAACGAUCUAAAAAUCAAACCUUUACAAUUACGGAAAUCUAAUACAAAUUGUUUUCAUUUGUUUGUAAUGUAGUAUUAUCAAAGCAUCACUGUAUAUGCGAAAAUCAAUCAUCAUUACAUGUUCUAUAGGAUAAACAUUUAUAUAUUGAAAAAGUAACUGCAAAGAUGCGAGGAAAUUGUUAUCAAAGAACGGCAGAGUGAAGCAGUAGAGGAAACAGUGAAUUAUUAAUUAUAGAGAAAGUCCUGUACGCGUUGAAAUAUUUGUAAAAUGUCAGGAUGUCAGUUUAAUCAUACGUGGCUAUAUCCAUAUAUUGAUUGUCGCGAUAGGGGUCAGUAGUGGAUAGUCGUGUUUUACCUGUCAGCCUGACAUAUCGUAGUUUCUUCUACUUUUCUAUUCGCUUCGCAUUCGGGUUCCGUUUUUUUUGUUUUUGUAAUUAGUCAUUUUUCUCACAUUGGAUAUGAUCGCACUACUAUUUCUCUAACAAGGUAAGUUUGUUAAGCAAAUAGAAAAAUGAACAAUUUUAGCGAUCUCGAAAGUAAUGAAAUUUGCGCGUUGCGAAUAACGGAAUUCAAAUAAACCCAGAACAUCAACGAUACUUUUAAUAUUUAUUUUCUAUUCAUUGUUGAUCAUCGCAAAUUGUAAAUUAAGUAUAGACAUACGACGGUACAACCAUUUUACAUGAUAUGAACAAAAAUGUGUACUAUUAAUAUAACGUAACUCGGAAAUAGCAAAAGGAAAUUUCCGAUCGUAUUAAUAAAUAUUUAUCGCUUCAGUUAUUCUUUCGAAACAUUAAAUAUUCUAUUAUUCGAAAAUUUGUAUUCAGUGUCCAACGGUUGCAGUGCACUUCCGAAAUCAGGGGAGUUGUAAGUGAAAUCGAUUUUCAAACGUAAUCGUUGACACACUUAGUGCUAUCGCAAUAUUGGAAACCAUAUAUAUGUAUAUAUAUAUGGAUUAUACAUUUAUUUUUAUCGUAUGCUGAUCAUUACUUGAAUUAAUUCAUUUGUUUAUUUACAUAAUUUCCGAAUAAACCACGUACCUGCGAUUUACUCAACAAUAACAAUUUAACGUCAAUUUGUACACUGAUAUGGUAAGUGUAAUAUAUAAACAUUAUUAAAUGUGUAUAUUUUGGUGUAAAACACUUUAUGUGUCCUUUAAAAACUGCUCGCAAUUUCGUACGAACACGAAUCAUCAAUUCUCAUAAUUGACCGCGAAUUCUUAAUGAAGAAUUUGUAACUGGCGGAAGUAUAUAACAUCACAAUAUAUAAUGCACAAUUGUCGUUGUAACGAAGCAAGUGCAAUCAAUACGUUCACAGUGUAUUCGUCGACGAGUAAAUGGAUGUCGCAAUAAUGUUGAUGUUUAUUGUUAUACAUGCAUCAUGUACGAUCACAUUCUAUUCGAAUUCGUUCUUAAUUAAAUUAUUAAUUCACCAUU